AUGGCUGAGGAAGGAUCUCAGCAGGAUGAAAAUGAGUCCAACCGCCAAAUUGUGGAGGAGUUUUGCAAGCCCUUUGUCUUAAACGAAGAGACCUGUCAACAAAUUAAUGAUCUUUUCCUGGCCGAACUUCAGAAAGGUUUGUGCAAAUAUACGCAAUCAAAGGCGGACGUUAAGUGCUACCCAACCUACGUGGAAAGACUGCCGACUAGGUGUGAGCGUGGAAAAUUUCUGGCCCUGGAUGUUGGUGGAUCGAAUUUUCGCAUUUUACUCUUAAUCAUACAAGAUGUUGACGACAUUAAAGUGGAAUCUCAAAACUUUCAAUUGCCACCAAAAGUAUUGACUGGUCCAGGAGAGCAUUUGUUUGAAUUCUUUGCCGAAUGCAUGUCUAAUUUCAUACAAGCACACGAAUUGCAAUCUGAGGAAUUUAAUUUGGGCUUUACAUUUUCAUUUCCACUGAUGAAAAAUUCUUUAAAUGAGGGUAUCCUGAUUAGUUGGUCAAAAGAUUUUGAAUGUCAGGAUGUGGUAGGUCAUGACGUUGUUGCUAUGCUUGAAGCAGCUUUAUCUCGUCGGGAUAAUAUUCACAUAAAAAAUAUUUUCGUUUUAAAUGGUACGACCGCUACACUAAUAUCGUGUGCUUGGAAGCAUAAAGAGACCAAAAUUGGUGUUACUAUUGAUCAGGAUACAAACGCUGCGUAUGAGGAAAAAAUGAAACACAUUCAGUUGUUUAACGAAGAUAGACUUAAUUCCACUAUGCUAAUUAACACACAAUGGUCUUCGUUUGGCGAUCACGGUGCGCUAAACUUUAUGCGUUCGCCAAUCGAUUUUGCUCUAGAUGCAAGUUCUACCAAUCCGAAUGAAGCAAUAUUUGAUAAAAUGGUCGCCGGUAUGUAUAUGGGAGAAAUAGUACGUCUGACGAUGAUUGAAUGCAUAAAUGCUGGUGCCAUGUUAAAGGGAAAUCUUUCUGAGCAAAUAGGUAAACAAAUGGUAUUUAAUACCAAGCUUAUGUCACAAAUUGAAAACGAGAAAGAAGGUGCUUAUCAAUCCACGCGGCAGAUUUUAGAGACCAUGGGUUAUAAAGAAGCUACAAAUGAGGAUUGCGAUAAUCUCCGUUACAUAUGCAAUACGGUGUCGACGCGAUCAGCGGAGUUGAUCGCCAUAUGCCUAGCAUGUCUCGUCAAUCGCAUUGGUGAUCCUUACAUAGUUAUUGGCAUCGAUGGCGAAGUGUAUAAUUCGUACCCAAAUUAUCACGAGCGCUUGCGAAAAAAAACUAAACAGCUUGUCCGUCCCGAACAUAAAUUUAGCCUGCAGUCCACAGAAGAUGGCUCGGCGCAUGGAGCAGCUUUAUUAGCCGCAACAGAAGGUGUUGAGAGAAGACAUACUCGUCAAACAAUAUGA